AUGGAUCUAAACCUUUGCUUGUAUUGUGAAAAGCGACUUGCAGACGAUAACAUGGCAUUCUGUUCAAUUCCAUGCCAGUCGAAAGAAGCGUCCAAGUCCAUGACUGGAUCAUUUGAUGCAUUCAAGUCAAGCAAUACAAUGCAAUACGAAGCUUAUCCAAUAUCUUAUCAUCGCAGUCCUUCCCUCACGUACUCGUUGAGUUCUUCUACAAUAUCGCAAAGGAAAGAUUCAGCUGAUUUCUCGAUUGCUCGACCACCACCUAAUUACUAUCUAGUUCAGUCGACAUCCACAACAUCUUCUUCAUUUUCAUCUUCCAUGUCAGACAUGUCUAUCUUUUUAACGCCUUGUUCAUGCGAAGAUAAAGUCAGUACUCUUUGUCCUCCCUAUCACAUCACACGUACGACACAUAAUAUCGCAUCUUGA